AAAUUGUCUGUGAAGAUACCUAUCUGUAGUGAUUAAAUUUUGAUAUGUUGUAUGAGUCUUAAGCAAAAAUUAUUUUUCUUAAAACAUUUCUCUUAAUAUUUAGCCUCUUUAGAGACUAUUAGAUAAAUUUUAAAAACCUAUACUUUUAAAAAUUUUCUUUCACAGACAAUGAUUUGCAAGGAACAAAUAGUUCAGGAUCAUUGGGUGGUCUUGAUGUCCGUAGAAGAAUCCCUAUAAAGCUAAUUUCAAAACAGACCAAUAAAACCAAACCUGCACCUCGAACUCCAAGAAAUAUGAACAGGAUGCCUGCGAAGACACAAGCUGGUGAUGAAGAAUUUGAUUAUAACAAGGAGGAGCGAUACGAAUGUAAAGGAGGUGAAAUGUUUGGCAAUCAAAGGAGAUUUCCUGGACCCAUUUUUUGGGAUUAUAAGAUAAACUUGCUGGGGGAAAAGGAUGAUACACCUGUCCAUUUCUGUGAUAAGUGUGGAUUGCCCAUCAAAAUGUAUGGACGCAUGAUACCUUGCAAGCACGUUUUCUGCUAUGACUGUGCUAUACUACAUGAGAAAAAGGGAGACAAGAUGUGUCCAGGCUGUAACGAACCUGUGCAGCGAAUUGAGCAGUGCGUACGAGGGUCUCUCUUCAUGUGUAGCAUUGUUCAGGGAUGCAAGAGAACUUACCUGUCACAGAGGGACUUACAAGCUCACAUCAACCACCGUCACAUGAGAGCUGGCAAGCCUGUUACUCGUCCUCCCAUUGAACCCGUACAUCCUCCUAUCGCCCCGCCGCCGGCCGAAAUUCCCGAGCGUUUCAUCAUGCCCCCUGAGAAGCAUCACAUGAGCCACAUUCCGCCAAAGCAGCACAUCAUGAUGCCACCGCCUCCUUUGCAGCACGUGCCGCACGAGCACUACAACCAGCCCCACGAGGACAUCCGUGCUCCUCCUGCAGAGAUGGCCAUGGCUCCGCCGCCCCCCCGCCCCGUCGCUCAGGACACCUUCCGCAUCUCAACCAGGAAACACAGCAACUUAAUAACUGUCCCCAUCCAGGAUGAUUCCAGUUCAGGUGCUCGAGAGCCGCCUCCGCCAGCGCCCGCACCCGCUCACCAUCAUCCCGAGUACCAGGGUCAGCCGGUGGUGUCGCACCCUCAUCACAUCAUGCCUCCCCAGCAGCACUACGCGCCGCCCCCGCCGCCGCCUCCGCCCAUCAGCCACCCGCUGCAGCACCCUCCGCAGGCGGCAGGCACCCCCCACAUGGUGUACAGCCAGGCCCCGCCGCCCCCCAUGACCUCUGCCCCGCCGCCCAUAACCCCGCCGCCCGGACACAUCAUUGCCCAGAUGCCCCCCUACAUGAACCAUCCUCCUCCGGGACCUCCCCCUCCUCAGCAUGGGGGCCCGCCUGUAAAUGUAAACGCUCCCCCUCCCCAUCACUAUAAUCCCAACUCUUUGCCACAGUUCAGUGAAGAUCAAGGAACUCUUAGUCCCCCUUUCACACAACCUGGGGGAAUGAGUCCAGGGAUAUGGCCAGCUCCAAGGGGGCCGCCUCCACCUCCAAGAAUGCAAGGGCCUCCUACUCAGGCCCCCCUUCCUGGACCACAUCACCCUGAUCAAGCCAGAUAUAGACCGUAUUACCAAUGAUACAAGCAACUACAUGAAUAGAGAAUGCCAUGAAGAAGAUAAAACUAAAUACAGAAGCCUUUUAAUUAAUCGUUUUGGGGUUAUUUUGUUGUGGUUUUUUAAGAAUACUGUCAUUUUGACUGUAAGACAUUUUGAGGUUUGAAUCUUAAAUGAUUUUUAAGCCUUGGCUGUAGGACUCUUAACUUCAAAAUACUCUGUAGUGCUAAAAUAAGUGGCUUAGUAGACCACAGUUGCAUUUUAACAGAACUCCUGUUGCUAGUGUGGCUAAAUUGUCCUAAGAUGAUCACUUGUAAUAUUAUUUCCUGGAGAAGAUGAAGACGUGUUGUACCAUUCUGAAUAUUGUUUUCGUUAAACCCAGUGUUUUUGUUAACCUGUGUACAAUAAUUAAAUUGAAAUAUGGUUGUAAA